CAGAACCUUGUCGACGAUCGUGCAGCUUCCUUUGGAGACAUACUGAAGCAUUUAGCACUGCUGACACCCAAAUUUGUGAGAGGCAACGUGAGCAGAUUGAAAGUCUGGGAAGGUCAAGAAGAAUGUUCUGCGAGCAGUUGCCUGUAGUGGGAAGCUGUUAUCUUGAUUCAAAGGCAAAUACGGGGGAUGAAGCGAUUGGUAUGGUCCUGAUGGCCUGACAGCCAGGAAUUGCACACAUUGACACCGGUGACAAGCUUCCAUGGCGCCCUUUCGAACUGCCUUCAACGGUUAUGCCGUCAAGUUCUCUCCAUUCGAGGAGGGCAGAAUAGCAGUCGCCACAUCGCAGAACUUCGGAAUCAUCGGGAACGGGCGGCAGUACGUGUUGCAGAUGACCCCCAAUGGGCUGGUGGAGGUUGCAGAGUUUGACACGAAGGACGGAAUAUAUGACUGCGCCUGGUCUGAGGAAAACGAGAACAUUCUGGUGUCGUCCUGCGGAGAUGGCAGCAUCAAGGUGUGGGACGUGGCAGCGCCCCAGCAGGCCAACCCCCUUAGACACUUCCAGGAGCACACGCGCGAGGUGUACUGUGUGAGCUGGAACAUGGUGCGGCGCAAUGUGUUUCUGAGCGGCAGCUGGGACGACAGCAUCAAGCUUUGGGACAUGAACUCGCCCGCCUCGCUGGCCACCUUCAAGGAGCACACCUACUGCGUCUACGCCGCCAACUGGAACCCAGCGCAUGCGGAUGUCUUUGUGAGCGCCUCGGGCGACUGCAGCGUCAAGGUGUGGGACCUGCGGCAGGCGCGGCCGACGCUGAAUCUGGCGGCGCAUGCUUAUGAGAUCCUGUCGGCCGACUGGUGCAAGUACAACGACUGCGUGCUGGCGACUGCCUCCGUGGACAAGAGCAUCAAGCUGUGGGACAUUCGCGCGCCCGACAGGGAACUCUCAACCCUGCUCGGCCACACGUACGCGGUGAGACGGGUGGUCUUCUCGCCGCACGCAGAAAAUAUCCUGGCGUCCUGCAGCUACGACAUGAGCGUCAAGCUGUGGGACGUGGCGGCACCAGAGGACGCCCUUGUCAGGCAAGCGAAUUGGGACCACCACUCGGAGUUUGCUGUGGGGCUGGACUUCAGCACGCUGAGCGAGGGGAUGCUGGCCAGCUGCGGCUGGGACGAAAUGGUGCACGUCUGGAACCAGAAUGGCGACCCCAGAGCGCAGUGA